GAGGCCCUGUGAGUGAGCUAUCUCAGCUCUAAACUAGUUUAGACCUCCGGCUUUGAAGGCUAACUUCUAGCAGGAGAUGCUUUUAUAUGGGACUAGGUUACUAAGACAUCAGCGCCUGAGUGGAAACGAUGCUGUACCCGCUGACUGUCAUGGUGAUCGCAGGAGCGAUACAACUAUCAGCGUCUGCUUCGGAUACAAAGUACACCACUCGAUAUGACAACAUUGACAUUGACGGAAUUCUGAAGAGCGAACGUCUCCUGAGGAGUUACUAUAAUUGCCUGCUGGACAAAGGACCAUGCACUCGUGAAGGGCUUGAACUGAAGAAAACCAUACCUGACGCGCUGCUCACCGAAUGCAGCAAAUGCAGCGAAAUUCAGAAGACGCAAGCAGGCGUAGUGAUGGCUUUCAUUCAGCUGCACCACCGGGACAUGUGGGAUGGGAUCCUGAAUAAGUACGACCCCGAUAACACCUUCAGGAAGAAAUAUUUAAUUGAAAACGACGACGACGAUUAUGAGGACGAACAGAAUGACGCAUGAAGGAGAGGGGCACCGGUGUGUCCUGGGGGCAGCGCUCAUUUUGUGAACGUACCUUGUUUCCACGUUGUAAUUAAAAAACUUUUACUUUUAUUUUCAUAUGAUUUUAUUACAGUUUGUUUAUAAAAUCAUCACAAAUAACGGUGUAAUUUUCCGGGUAGUUCAUUUUAAUUUGUUUAAUUCUUCUUUAAUUUUGUAUUUGUUUCUGUCUUUAAAUUUAUUUUCUGUUUUGUUACUCCUUUGUUUCUUCUUUGUUAGCUUGCUUGUUGUAAUGCUAUCAACUACCAUAUUAUCAUGCGGACUGUUUAGUUUCUGUUUUUUUUUAAUAAUAUCUCUGGCAAUCAGCCGCGUCUUUUGUUUACACGAAGCUCACAGACGCUUCGGGAACCAUCUCCGCCCCCAAAAUCAGGGUUCUGAUGUGACAUCAUUGAUAAUAAUAACAAUAAUAAUAAUAUUUGAUUAAUAUUAUCGAAAUAUAUAAAUCAUGACCUUCCUCA